AUGUACCGACCCCUGUGUGCCUUUGCUUGUCGGGACAUACUCUCUACCAACCGUCUGGCCUGCUCGACGACGAAUCACGAGGACAAGGCGAAGCGACACAACGACCAAGUCGAAUUCGAGACGUCAGCCCACUGUUACGCCGAAGACAAUGUCUAUCUGCUAUCCCUGGCCCAGUGCAUCGAAACACAUUGCAGUGGAUUGGCGGAGAGAUGGGAGCUCGACCGCUUCUGGGCGCUGGACGCUGUCGGAAGCCAGUCAGUACAGCCUCAGCCUGCCUACGCCUUUGACGAGGCCCUGCAGUCAGCGCAGAAUCACACCGAUGAAGCAGGCCGACUUCCAUCAGUUGCAACUCUGCAUGGAACUCUGACGAUCGUCAGUGAAGUCUCCGGGCAAGAUUGGCAAAUGGCCUUUUCCAGCAUCUCCGACUCUGUGUACGUCGAAGAGCGGCAUUCCCAGUAUGGAAUCCUCCUCAUUGUGCUUAUCAUCGUGAUACCCCUGGCUGUUCACCUCCUUCGUCUGGUCCGCCUACCCACGCUUUGGGAGCGCAAGACCGUUGCACUGCUCGGACACUCCGCGCUAUUUGGAAAACGCCAUGCGGUCCCGCUACCCUACGAUCUUGGAGUUGUGCCGACCCGAGGACAAGCAGCCUUCAUCACAUCCAUGAUCGUGCUAAACUUGUGCCUUCUCCUAAUUGGCUAUCGGGUGGCCGAGCCGAACAUCUACGGGCAGACUGCAUCGUAUCGGUUCCUCUCCCACAUGGCAAACCGAGCUGGGAUCCUCUCCUUCGCCAACUUGACCCUCAUGAUGCUGUGCUGUGGGCGCAACAACCUGGCCGUCCGCUUCACCAAAUGGUCGUACAGCACAAUGCUAUUGUACCACCGGUGGAUUGCUCAUGUCUGUAUCUUCGAGGCAUUGGUGCAUGGCACUAUCCACUUCAUCCAUCACAUCCCGUACCUGGCUCAUAAGUUCACGCAAGCCUACUGGAACUUGGGAGUCAUUACGGUCGGCCUCAUGUGCGUGGUCGUUCCUCUAUCUGCCUUGGCGGUCCGCAAGCGAGCGUACGAGCUCUUCGUUGACUCGCAUGUUGUCUUGUCCUUCUUCGUCGUACUGGGCUGUUAUCAUCACAUCUAUAUGAAGUUCCAACACGAAUGGGGCUACGAAAACUGGGUAUAUCUUGCCGCCUUCUUGUGGGCAGGGGAUCGGCUGCUCAGAACAGUGAAGCUGUUGGGAGGUGGCAUCAGGACCGCAGUCAUCACUCAUAUCGACGACGAAUAUGCACGAAUCGAUAUUCCAGGAGUCAAGGCAUCUGGGCAUGUCUAUCUGUAUUUCCCCGGGUUAUCCUGGCGUCCAUGGCAGAAUCACCCAUUCUCGAUUGCCGCCUCGGUGCACGAGUCGAUCUCUUCGGAUGACCAUGCGUAUGAAGAAACGGCUUCCAAUGAAGAGACUGGAUCUGAGCAUCAACGACCGCUUUUGGCUGAGAAGGCUGAUGAUCAGAAUCAACUCGGAGCACUGAAGCGCGAGUCAUCGUCUUCGAGUCUGGCCUCACUGCUGGCAGAGGGUAGCGGUCGAUCUUCAAGCACCGCACUCGAGAAGCCAGACGUGACCCCAUGGCCGCAUGGUGAUGGCCAAUCUGGCUCUCCACAGUCAACCGGCCUUACUUUUUACAUCCGCCGACAGCGAGGCAUAACAGCUCAGCUCUUUGACUCGCCCCAUCAGGCUGUCAAAGUGCUGGUUGAAGGCCCUUACCGACCUCUGCCCAUCCCCAACAUCGCCGCCUGCGCAACGCUCGUCUGCAUUGCUGGCGGUGUCGGCAUUUCAGCAGUGCUGCCCGCGUUGAGAAGUCACUGCCUCGUAGGUCGCUCGGUAUUGUAUUGGGGCUGCAGGAGCCAGGCUCUUGUUGACGCUGUGGAUAUGGACGCCUUUCGACGUGCUGGUGUUGAAAUCCAUGUCAAGAUCAAUGCGCGGUGGAUUGUGCACGAAAUUGUGUCUGAAGAAGCUCGAGCAACGUUGCCUCUGGGAGACGUCAUUGUUCUCGCGAGUGGGCCGAAUGAGAUGGCCGACGAUGUGCGAGCUGCUGUUGUCAGGGCGAAUCUGACCAUGUCACACGCUGGACGUGGAAGAGUACGUCUUGUGGAAGAAAGCUUCAGCUGGUAG